AUGGCCUUAACAGCUAUGGCAAGUACCGUCAUUUCCUAUAAAGUACAAGCAAUAGAUAACAGAGAAGGAAGAAUAAGAACAAGAGGUACAGAGAGAGGAAGGAGAGGGCUUCUCCUUUCAACUGCAAUUGCAGUCAUCCAAGUCAAUGACUCCAGGACUGAGCUUCUAAAAAAAUAUCUGAAGAAAUCAGAGGAAAGCAAGACCAAGAAUGAUAAGGAGAGACUAGAGAGUUACUACAAGCGCAACUACAGGGAUUACUUCGGUUUGUUAGAAGGAUCUUUGAGGCAGAAAAAAGAGCAGCUCUCUGAAUCAGAGAAAGGCAUUCUUGAAUGGCUUGACAAAAACAAUUAA